UUUGCUUCAGCAUAGUGAUGGCAUUUGUUCGAGUUUCUUGCAUCCUUCUGCUGCCAUUGAUGCUGCUUGCAAUUGCCAAUGCUGCUGAAGAAGCAAUGGUGGUUUCGGAAGGGAUGGAUGCUAUGCAUGAUCCGCGAUAUUUGGCUACUAUCCUGGAAAAGAAAGGACUAACAAGCGUUGUGGGUGAAACUUACUGUUGCCUCAAGAAUGGCUAUGGGUGCAUGCAAGAGUGUGAAAAAGGCAAAGCGUACCAGUGCUGCCUCAAGAAUGGCUAUGGGUGCAUGCAAAUGUGUGAGCCAUCCAAGAAGUACUCAUGCUGCCUCAAGAAUGGAUAUGGCUGCAUGUGGAUGUGCGAGAAUGGUGUGGAGCACUACUGCUGCGAGAAGAAUGGCUAUGGCUGCACCAAGAUGUGCCCCAAAAAAGUCACUUCUGGCAGCCUCUAGAACGGUUAUAAAUGUGUGGAUGGGUAUGCAUGCCGCUAUAGAUCUAUGGCGGCCAACUUUAAAUAAAAACUGAGUGCUUCCUUCUUUGAA